GCUACCUGCGCGGGGAGGAGGCGCGGCUGCGGGACCUGACCAGAUUCUAUGACAAGGUCCUUUCAUUGCAUGAGGAUUCAGCAAGCCCUGUGGACAACCCUCUGCUUGCAUUUACUCUCAUCAAACGUCUUCAAUCUGACUGGAGGAAUGUGGUACACAGUCUGGAAGCCAGUGAGAAUAUCCGAGCUCUGAAGGAUGGUUAUGAGAAGGUAGAGCAAGACCUUCCAGUCUUCGAGGACGUCGAGGGAGCAGCACGGGCUCUGAUGCGGCUGCAGGAUGUCUACAUGCUCAAUGUGAAGGGCUUGGCCCGAGGUGUCUUCCAGAGAGUUUCUGGCUCUGCUGUCACUGACCUAUAUAGUCCCAGGAGGCUCUUCUCCCUCACGGCAGAUGACUGCUUCCAAGUAGGCAAGGUGGCCUAUGACAUGGGGGAUUACUACCAUGCUAUUCCAUGGCUGGAGGAGGCUGUCAGUCUCUUCCGAGGAUCUUACGGAGAGUGGAAAACAGAGGAUGAAGCUAGUCUAGAAGAUGCCUUGGAUCACUUGGCCUUUGCCUAUUUCCAGGCAGGAAAUGUUUCCAGUGCCCUCAGCCUCUCCCGAGAGUUUCUUCUCUACAGUCCAGAUAAUAAGAGGAUAGCUAGAAAUGUGUUGAAAUACGAAAGGCUUUUGGCAGAAAGCUCCUACCAGGCAGCAGCUGAAGCUGUCAUCCUGAGGCCCAAUGUACCCCACCUGCAGACCCGAGACACAUACGAGGCAUUGUGCCAGACACUGGGUUCUCAGCCCAUUCACUACCAGAUCCCCAGCCUCUAUUGCUCCUAUGAGACCAGUUCCAGCCCUUACCUGCUACUCCAGCCCAUCCGGAAGGAGAUUAUCCACCUGCAGCCCUUUGUUGCUCUCUAUCAUGACUUUGUCAGUGACUCAGAGGCUCAGAAAAUUCGAGAGCUUGCAGAACCAUGGCUACAAAGAUCAGUGGUAGCUUCAGGGGAAAAGCAGUUACAAGUGGAAUACCGCAUCAGCAAAAGUGCCUGGCUGAAAGACACUGUUGACCCAGUGCUGGUGACCCUGGACCACCGCAUUGCUGCACUCACAGGCCUUGAUGUCCAGCCUCCCUAUGCUGAGUAUCUCCAAGUGGUGAACUAUGGGAUUGGAGGACACUAUGAGCCUCACUUUGACCACGCUACGUCGCCAAGCAGCCCCCUCUACAGGAUGAAGUCUGGAAACCGAAUUGCUACAUUUAUGAUCUAUCUCAGCUCUGUGGAGGUUGGAGGAGCUACAGCCUUCAUCUAUGGCAACUUUAGCGUGCCUGUGGUUAAGAAUGCAGCGCUGUUUUGGUGGAAUCUCCACAGAAGCGGUGAGGGUGAUGGUGACACACUUCAUGCUGGCUGUCCUGUACUGGUAGGAGAUAAAUGGGUGGCCAACAAGUGGAUACAUGAGUAUGGACAGGAAUUUCGCAGACCUUGCAGCCCCAACCCUGAAGACUGAAGUGUUGGCAGGGAGCCGCUAUGAAGUCCUGUGGUUCUCCAGAGAUGCCAGGAGCCAAAGCCAGAGUAGGAGAGGAGGCAGGAGAGCUACCUUCCGGGAAGAAGGCCUUAUCAGUAUUGCUGGUUCCUUGCAAAUGGGAGACUACAAGUAGUCUGAACCAGGGGACUCUUGAGAAUUGACAUUUG